CGUCCUGAAGGAAUCAGGACGUCGAGGAGAACAUCUACUUCGACUACAUCACCCCUGCAUCACGCCUGCACCGAGCAGGCGAUCAUGUCCACUCCCGUGACAUCUUCCGCUCCAUUCCGGUCCGACACGAUCGAACCACUUACGGGGAGUAACUUCCCUCGUUGGAAGUCCCAAGUCGAAUUAUGUUUGGGUUGUAAUGAAUUUGACUAUGCCUUGAGGGAAGAAAAACCUGUGGCACCUGUGGCAGGUGUCACAGGCUCUGCAGAACUCAAGAAGGAGUAUGAUGUUAAGAUGGAAAAGUGGAAUAAGUCCAACCAUAUUGCGCUUCUCAUCAUGAAAGCGACAAUAUCGCCGGACAUUUCUGAAGCACUCCCUAAGAAAGAUACUGCUAAAGAUUUCCUCACUGAAAUGGAGGAGCAAUUUAAAGGCUCCGACAAAGUGUAUGCUCAUGAGCUUUUUGCUAAACUUCUUCAGAAAUACACUAUUGACGGAAAUGUUAGGCAGCACAUGUUGAGGGUGAGUUUGAACAAUUUAAGGUCAACUAUAACUCUCUAA